CCGCCUUUCGCAUCCCGACGGUACUGUGCCGUAUAGCUGAAGUACGACUAAUACCGACUAGGUGCAAGUGGUGUUCCUGUCGGCGCAGCAGCAAUCGAGCUUCGGUCACUCACCAACAGCGGUCAGAUCAGCUUGGGUCUUGGCGCCUGCCCACUCACUGGCCACCGCCUCCCUCUCCUCCUACCGCUUGCUGUUCAAAUCCAUCCUAUCUUACCUUCCUGACAUUCCAUUCUCAGCUUUGUCCUUGACCUCACUCUACAACAUCUUCUGCUCGUGUAUUUCGGAGGGUUCUUGUGCCUUCGUUGUUUCGAGUUCUCGCAAACCCCUCGCACAACAACCGCUUCUCAUCUUAUCGUCACUCAAUCCUCACACAAGUCAUCACAAUGGAAGAAGAAGUUGCAGCUCUCGUCAUUGACAAUGGCUCUGGUAUGUGCAAAGCUGGCUUUGCUGGUGAUGAUGCGCCACGAGCAGUUUUCCCAUCCAUUGUCGGUCGACCCCGUCACCAUGGUAUCAUGAUUGGUAUGGGCCAAAAAGACUCCUACGUUGGUGACGAGGCCCAAUCCAAGCGUGGUAUCCUCACCCUCAGAUAUCCUAUUGAACACGGUGUGGUCACAAACUGGGAUGAUAUGGAAAAGAUCUGGCAUCACACUUUCUACAACGAGCUGCGUGUCGCUCCAGAGGAGCACCCGGUCUUGUUGACCGAAGCCCCCAUCAACCCCAAGUCCAACCGAGAGAAGAUGACCCAGAUCGUCUUCGAGACCUUCAAUGCACCUGCUUUCUACGUCUCCAUUCAGGCCGUUCUGUCCCUCUACGCUUCCGGUCGUACCACCGGUAUCGUGCUCGACUCCGGUGAUGGUGUCACCCACGUUGUCCCCAUCUACGAAGGUUUCGCUCUUCCUCACGCCAUCUCUCGUGUCGACAUGGCUGGUCGUGAUUUGACCGACUACCUGAUGAAGAUUCUGGCAGAGAGAGGUUACACUUUCUCCACCACCGCCGAGCGAGAAAUCGUCCGAGACAUCAAGGAGAAGCUUUGCUACGUUGCGCUCGAUUUCGAGCAGGAAAUUCAAACCGCUUCCCAGAGCUCCAGCUUGGAGAAGUCGUACGAACUUCCUGAUGGUCAAGUCAUCACCAUUGGCAACGAACGAUUCCGAGCUCCUGAAGCUCUCUUCCAGCCAAGCGUUCUUGGUCUCGAAUCUGGCGGUAUCCACGUCACCACUUUCAACUCCAUCAUGAAGUGUGACGUUGAUGUCCGUAAAGAUCUUUACGGCAACAUCGUCAUGUCUGGCGGUACAACCAUGUACCCUGGUAUCUCCGACCGAAUGCAGAAGGAAAUCACUGCUCUUGCCCCAUCCUCCAUGAAGGUCAAGAUCAUUGCACCUCCCGAGCGUAAAUACUCCGUCUGGAUCGGUGGCUCUAUCCUGGCGUCUCUUUCCACCUUCCAGCAGAUGUGGAUCUCCAAGCAAGAGUACGACGAGAGUGGUCCUUCAAUCGUCCACCGCAAGUGCUUCUAAACGUUUCGCAAGCACAUUGAAAUGCUUGUUUCUCCGGAUGACACGCAGCAACCUUUUCGAGACAGUAGUGCACGAAUUCAAGAUUUUGAUGAGACCAAUGGCAUGCGGAGCAUAGAAUUGUGGUGAUCGAUCAGUUGAUGGAAGGUUUCCAAAACAAAAAAGUAUUUGUGGAACUAGCACGGAAGUCAGGCGCGUCUCAUACACAGAAUGGAGGAUGCGGGAUACAUUGAGACAUGUAUUAAGAGCAAAGUCACACCUUCAAUGAGGUAGCACCAUUCCAAUAGUGUCUAGACUGCAAUGCUAGCCGUUAAUGUUUCAAACAAUGCACACCUAAA